UAAUCCCAAUACCCUAUCCACUAUCUGCUCUCACCCAACUCUCUCCUUUUUUAACAGACAAUAACAAGCAGCAAUCCCUUCGAAGCCAAUUCAAUCUAUCUGUCUCCCUUUCAACUUCUUCUUCUUCUUCUUCUCUCCCCUUCCUUCCUUCCUUCCUUCCUUCCUUCCUCCAUUGAAUUCUCUAGCUACUAAUGGAGACGCCUUCUUCUUCUUUCUGUACAACCCACUGCGGCGGCCUAGUCAAUUUUUGUGGUGGUGGCUCGGUCUCUGUUCUUGGCUUCCCUCUCCAACAUCUCAACACUAGAGCUCUUGCUGAUUCUAAGAAGAAGCAGAGUUUUGGGGUUAUAAAAGCUACUAUUGCCAAGACUGAAGUUGCUCUUCUCAGAAUUGGCACUAGAGGAAGCCCAUUAGCACUCGCUCAAGCUCAUGAGACACGUGACAAACUCAUGGCUUCCCAUCCGGAACUAGCUGAAGAAGGGGCUAUUAAAAUUGUUAUAAUAAAAACAACUGGUGAUAAAAUACUCAGUCAGCCACUUGCAGACAUUGGUGGGAAAGGCUUGUUCACGAAAGAAAUAGAUGAGGCUUUAAUAAAUGGUGAUAUUGACAUUGCUGUCCACUCAAUGAAGGAUGUUCCUACUUAUUUACCAGAGAAGACAAUUCUACCUUGCAACCUUCUGCGUGAGGAUGUUCGUGAUGCAUUUAUAUCCUUGAGUGUAUCUUCCUUGGCCGAGCUUCCUGGUGGGAGUGUUGUUGGUACUGCAUCACUCAGAAGAAAGUCACAAAUACUCCACAGAUAUCCAUCGCUCAAGGUGGAGGAGAAUUUCCGAGGCAAUGUGCAAACACGAUUAAGAAAACUUAAUGAAGGGGUGGUCCAAGCAACUUUAUUGGCAUUAGCUGGACUCAGACGCUUGAGCAUGACAGAAAAUGUGACUUCUGUUCUUUCAAUUGACGAAAUGCUUCCAGCUGUUGCCCAGGGUGCAAUUGGAAUUGCAUGUCGAAGCAAUGAUGAAAAAAUGGCUAAUUACCUAGCCUCAUUAAAUCACGAGGAAACACGGCUGGCUGUUGCAUGUGAGAGGGCCUUUCUUGAGACAUUGGAUGGAUCUUGUCGUACGCCUAUUGCUGGCUAUGCUUACAAGGAUGAGGAUGGUAAUUGCGUUUUUAAAGGAUUGGUGGCUUCUACUGAUGGAAAAAGAGUGCUUGAAACUUCUAGAAAAGGCCAAUACACUUCUGAAGACAUGGUAACGAUGGGGAAGGAUGCUGGGAAGGAACUUCUUUCUAGGGCAGGUCCAGGGUUCUUUGAUUUUGAGUAAUUUAACAAUAAUGUGGGGUAGAAGAGGAAAGCUCAAGGCCUUUGGUUUAACUUUUAGGAUUUGUCCAUCAAGUUUAUUCAUUCUCUUGAGCCUUUGUUUGUUGUAAUUCUAGGAAUAGCAAUUGUUUCGUUAAUUGUGUGAGUUAGAAGAUAAAUUUUUGAUCAAUGAUGUGAGAAGGUUAGAUCUUUUCGUGUAAUUUUAUAUUAAUGAAAAGCAGAAAAAUUCUGUCGACU